GCCCCGUUCUAGGCGAAGGCGGUCUCCCGAGGAACCUGGACGGGGCACCAGGAGCCUUGCGUUGACUUCAGGCUAGAGCGGCCGCGAGUCUGCGAGGGGCCCGAGGUCGGCUCGGUAGGCCCAGGGGGCGGAUCGUAAGCAGGUCCUAGACUCCGCCUACCGCUGGUGCUGGAAGGAAAGCUUGAACCUUCUGGGCUAGGUGUGCGCUACGCUCCCUGCCUCCUCGCCCGGCCAGCCGCACUGAAAAAGGGAUCCAGUGCUGGUGAAUCCUGCGAGCCCACACUUAGGGGGGAAAAAAACCCCACAAAUGAAGAAAUUAAGGCUUAAGGAACUAGAAAGUCGCCUGCAACAAGUAGAUGGAUUCGAAAAGCCCAAGCUACUUCUAGAACAGUAUCCGACCAGGCCUCACAUUGCAGCAUGUAUGCUGUAUACAAUCCAUAAUACAUAUGAUGACAUUGAAAAUAAAGUGGUUGCAGAUCUAGGAUGUGGUUGUGGAGUUCUUAGCAUUGGAACGGCAAUGUUAGGAGCUGGGUUAUGUGUUGGAUUUGACAUAGAUGAAGAUGCACUGGAAAUAUUUAAUAGAAAUGUGGAGGAGUUUGAGUUAACAAAUGUUGACAUGGUUCAAUGUGAUGUGUGCUCAUUAUCUAAAAGAAUGUCCAAGUCAUUUGAUACAGUAAUUAUGAAUCCUCCUUUUGGGACCAAAAAUAAUAAAGGGACAGAUAUGGCAUUUCUGAAGACUGCUUUGGAAAUGGCAAGAACAGCAGUGUACUCUUUACACAAAUCCUCCACUAGAGAUCAUAUUCAAAAGAAAGCUGCAGAAUGGAAAAUCAAGAUAGAUAUUAUUGCAGAGUUGCAAUAUGACCUGCCAGCAUCAUACAAAUUUCAUAAAAAGAAAUCAGUGGAUAUUGAAGUGGACCUAAUUCGGUUUUCUUUUUAAAAGCCUCUAAAGACAAAGCAACUUAAAACCUAAUUAAGAUGAAUAAAAAAAUUUUUUUUUACUAUA